AUGGGAAGAGGAAGAAAAGUUAUCACUAAAAAUGAGCAAACAGGGAGAAGCAAAUGGGACAGUUUGCUGGUCAGUUUGCCAUCCCUCUCUUUGAAGAGCAGCCUGAAAGAUGAACAGGAGGCUUUGAACUCCAUCAUGAAAGACCUGGUUGCCCUCCAGAUGGGCCGACGUCACAGGCUACCUGGCCUUGAAACCAUGAAGAAUAAGGACACCACUCACUCGAACAAGCAGAAAAAACACAAUGCCAGCAACCCAGCCCUCCUGAGCAGCCCUGCAAUAACAAACCAAUGUGCCUCUGCGGUAGAAGAAAAAAAAAUUCCGAACGAUGUAAGGAUAAAGUUUGAAUAUAACGGGGAAAGACGAAUUAUCCCAUUUGUCCGUCCUGUGCGAUAUGAAGAUGUUCAGCAGAAGGUGAAAACAGCCUUUGGUCAGCCACUGGAUCUCCACUACAUGAACAAUGAGUUAUCUAUUCCCUUGAAAAAUCAAGAUGACCUGGAUAAAGCAAUAGAUCUCUUGGACCGAAGCUCUAAUGUGAAAAGCCUUAGAAUAUUACUACUGUCUCAAGACAGAAACCAUCAGAUCAGUCCUUCGCCCCAUUCUGGGCUGCCCAAACAAGUCAGGAUCAAAACUUCCCAAUCUGUUGGGGAUGUGAACACAACCUACCAGCCUCCGGAGCCGAGAAGUAGACACCUGUCUGUCAGUUCUCAGAACACAGGCCGAAGUUCUCCUCCCCCCGGGUAUGUUCCAGAGAGGCAACAGCGAAUUGCUCGACAGGGUUCCUAUACUAGCAUUAAUAGUGAAGGCGAAUUCAUCCCAGAGACCAAUGAGCAGUGUAUAUUGGAUCCCCUAAGCAGUGCUGAAAACUCGAUAUCAGGAAGCUGUCAGUCCUUGGACAGAUCUGCAGACAGCCCUUCAUUUCGAAAGUCACGGAUGUCAAGAGCGCAAAGCUUCCCUGACAACAGACAGGAGUUUUCAGAUCGUGAAAAUCAAAUCUAUGAUAAAGCAGGGAAAGGUGGAACAUACCCUCGACGUUACAAUGUCUCCAUGCAGCACAAAGACUACAAUGAUGGCCGGAGGACAUUUCCCCGGAUACGUCGUCACCAAGGGAACUUGUUCACAUUGGUGCCAUCAAGUCGCUCCCUGAGCACCAAUGGGGAGAAUCUGGGCUUGGCAGUGCAGUACUUGGACCCACGUGGGCGUCUGCGGAGCGCUGACAGCGAGAAUGCCCUCUCGGUGCAGGAAAGGAACAUCCCAACUAAAUCUCCAAGUGCCCCAAUAAACUGGCGACGAGGGAAACUCCUGGGACAGGGUGCCUUUGGUCGUGUGUACUUGUGCUACGAUGUGGACACGGGCAGAGAGCUUGCAGCUAAGCAGGUCCAGUUUGACCCAGACAGUCCUGAAACAAGCAAGGAAGUGAGCGCUCUGGAGUGUGAGAUCCAGCUCUUGAAGAACCUCCAGCAUGAACGCAUUGUUCAGUAUUAUGGCUGCCUGCGGGACCGAGCAGAAAAGACCUUGACCAUCUUCAUGGAAUACAUGCCUGGGGGUUCAGUGAAAGACCAGCUAAAGGCCUAUGGUGCACUGACGGAAAACGUGACUCGAAAGUAUACCCGCCAGAUUCUCGAGGGAGUCUCAUACCUUCAUAGCAACAUGAUUGUGCAUAGGGACAUAAAGGGAGCCAAUAUUCUCCGUGACUCUGCUGGGAAUGUGAAGCUUGGGGACUUUGGGGCCAGCAAACGGUUGCAGACCAUCUGUAUGUCUGGAACAGGCAUCCGAUCAGUCACGGGCACGCCAUACUGGAUGAGUCCGGAGGUGAUCAGUGGAGAGGGUUAUGGAAGGAAAGCAGAUGUAUGGAGCCUUGGCUGCACUGUCGUGGAAAUGCUGACGGAGAAACCACCCUGGGCGGAGUACGAAGCCAUGGCAGCCAUUUUCAAGAUUGCCACCCAGCCCACCAACCCUCAGCUCCCCUCUCACAUAUCAGAACAUUGCCGAGACUUCCUAAAGCGAAUCUUUGUGGAUGCCAGGCACAGACCCUCAGCUGAAGAGCUGCUCAGACAUCACUUUGCACAGCUCCUGUACUAAAUUACUUCCCUUUUAAGGUGCGGAGUUUGUGUUCCUGUCUGGUAUAACCACAACUGGCCAAUGUGGUGCUGCAUCUUCAAAACGCCAACUCCUGCUAUCCUGUUCCUUUGGGUAGGUCAGUGCCAAGGAACCUGCAAUCUGCUCUUGUGUCCUGAAGUCUUUGUUGGACUGAUGUUCUACCAAUGGCUAUGCAACACAGAGCUGUGUUUUUGUCUUUGUUCUCUUGAUGUGAAGUUGCAGUUGGCUGCAUGUUUUCUUCAGGCACAAGCAGAGGGAUCCAGGAAAGGUCCCAUUGAAUGUACAUGGGCAGCAGAAAUCUGGACUGAAGAAGCUACGCUUUUCAGAGCAGACACGUGGACAGCCAUUCCAGCCGGCUCUCCCCACAAGGGCUGUACAGUGUGGGCAACCCUGUUUUCUAGAUUCCUAAGUUUUUCCAGGCUUCUCUAGUAGGAUCCAUCCAAGCCAUGUGUCACUGAGCACACAUUCUCUAUAUAAUUAUAUAUAUUUUUCUUCUUAAGUAUUCAGCAUCUGAAGGUGUUCAGAAAAUAUUGAUUUAAGAAUAUGUGAAUAGUAUUAUUUUAUAAUGAACCCAAGGGAUUUGCGGGGGUGGGGGGCUUCUAUCCAAAUAUCAGGAUCAUUGUCAAGAGGUUCCAGCAGAGCAUGGUCUCUACAGAGCCAAGAGUAGAGGACUCUGCUGCUGAGGUGGCAAGUCCAGUACUUGACUGCCAAAGAGCAGGAUUAGCUUGUGUCCUCCAAACCAGCAAACCUGUGCUCCUGUUGUACUUCCUUGCGGCUCAACAAAAGUCUCGUGGAAGGGAUUUCUGUAGAACAGCUUUCUGCUGCACCGAUCUUAUUUUAAAUUAGUUUUACCAAGCCCUUAAACCAAAGAUGCUUUAAUCAGUGCCCAAACCUUACUUCAGGGAGGGGUUACCUACUUACAUUAGGUCAGACUCAUAGACGAGGAAAGUGGGUUGCCCUUUUUUUUUUUUUUUUUACAUGGGAAGAAAUUGCUGGACACUAGUUUCCUGGGUGAAACCAAAAACAAUCCGUCCAUGCGUGGGGGUGUUUUGUGAACAUGUAAAUAUUCAUUUAAGGCUUCCACGGUCUUUCCAAAAAAAAAAUUUCCCCCACAUUUGAGAAAGCUGAGCCAUGUCUGUCAAUGAGGCUAAAGGAAAGAGCCCUUUUUUUUUUUGCCCGUGUUUCUGAAAUUAACUUGAAAAAUGGUAUUGGUCCCCCAGAGAUACAGGCAUUGCAUACUGCAGUCCUCUUGCUUUAAAUAUGUACAAAGCCUCUGAUGUCUAAGUCUCUGGUGGCUUGCCACUCUCACCUGCUGCAUUUUGACUGGUACACUAGAAAUUCUGGUUGUAGUGAUAGAGCACUGAAGUUAUGAAGACUUUCUUUAAAAGGACACUCAUGGCAGGUUCAGUCAUGUUUUAAUAAAAGCAAAGCUUCCCCCCCUCCCCAUGUGAUAAAUUACCCCUCAGGAUAAUACAGCUGAGAAGGCUGAACAAUCUGAAGUGGUUUUCCUGGACCAGACUCAGAGCAAUGUGUAAGUGAUGAAAGCAGGUUUGUAUUUUGCCAGAUUUGCCUUCAGGCUUUCCUGCUUGAAUACAAGAACGCGCUUGUUUGGGUUACAAGCACUUCAGGGCAAUUUGUUAUGGAAAGGCCUUUCCAUACCCUAUUUAAUUCCAAUGGAAACACUCCUAGUAAGCCUCUAAAAUCCUGGAUUUUUGAGCCAAUAUCUCUUUAAAAAACAUAAGCCAGGUCGCUUAGUUGCCUUGCACCUUGUCGUCAUUUAUACCAGGGCAAAAUGAAGAGGGAACACUAUUGGUCUUUUGCGGGAAGUGCUUAUGCCAGUUUUGCUCUGCUACACGUUGACUUCCCAAGGUGCAGAGCAAUGAAGACUUACUCACAUGCAUAAUCUUAGUAGAAGUAGACUGAGUUGUUUUUCCACCAGGGCUGAUAGCAUAUUCCAGGCUUGUGAUGUUAUAACUUACAGCCAGCACUUAACUCCUGACACAUACCAAAGAUUAGAGCCCUUUUCUUUCCUCAAUUUGACAUGAAGGUGUGGCAGCAGUGAGGGGCAAGAUGGGUGUCCUGACCUGACUGGGCACCUUUAACCCUGGCUUGUCCUCAGAAAAAGGAUUCAGCUCUGCCACCAUAGCCUUUACUCACUAUCAAGCACAUAGUUCUUUGGGAGACUUGGGGAUGAGGAAGUGGUGUAAACUUUUGUUUCAAUACAACUAAAUCUUCAGGAUCUGUUGUGGCUUUUACCUCAUGCAUAGCUAUGGAAGACUGUCCUGGAGCAAAGAGUAACUUGGACUCAUAUGCCAGGUCCUUUACCCUGCUAAACACCCCCCACCCUCUCCCUGGCUAUACUGAAAUGUGCCUACUCUGUAUACGCUUGUAUUCCAGUUUUUAUUAAUGAGUCAGUAGCAGUUGUACAGUGACAGGGUUCUGUCUGAGAACAUGGUAUGCCAGCUUGGAUUUCUAUAUUCCAAUUCUGUAUCUGACCCAAUGCCACCUCUUCAGCACAAGAACAAGCCAAAGCAUUACUUGUCUGUCUGGAGAUGCACUUUUAUGAAUGUAGUUUGUAUCGCUCUUUUUUAGCUCUUUUUACCAUCGUGUAAACUUUGAUGCCUCAUACUUUUUUUAUUUAUAUCGUAAAAGAUCAUAUUUGAUGAUUUUUAUAUAUAUCGACUUGACUGUUAUGGGGUGGGGUGGGGUUGGGGGGUGGGAAUCAAUUUCUGACGCCUUUAUGAACUUAAAAAGGAAAAAAAAGCAGCUGGUUUUGCAAGAGAAUUUGCCAAUGGUUUAUAAAGAGUAGUGCCAGCCCCAAAUGCCACCUCUGCUUCCUUGCAGGCUCUGUCAGUCACUUGGAUUUAAUUCACUGAAAAUCUAGACUCCUCAAUUCAUUAGUGGAUUGAAGCCACUGGAA